AGCUGCUCCCUCGUAUUCUGCAGAGACACUGCUUCACUCCGUCGCAGCCAUGGCCUUCUGCAAACUUCUCACUGUGCUGGUACUGGUCCACAUCACUGGAGGUUUGCAUGGAGCUGAGGUGAGGAGCUCCAUCGUUGGGGGGCACGAUGCUCCAAAAGACAAGUGGCCAUGGAUGGUCCACCUAAAUAUCACAUCUGAAAACAAGAAAAGUUGGCGCUGCGGCGGCACCAUCCUCAACAAUCAGUGGGUGCUGACCGCUGCAAGCUGCUGGGAUUCACGGGACAAGCCUUACUUGGCUCGAUCAAUGGCUUGGGUCGGCACACACAGCCUGCAAAAGGCGUCUGCCCGUUACAUGGGUAUAAAUGCUAUCAUUCCUGAACCUAGAUACCGAGCUGUGGGCAAUGGCUUUGUCAAUGACAUUGCUCUGGUCAAGCUGAAGAAGAAGAUGACAUUCUCAGGCAGCGUUCAGCCAGUGAGUCUACCCAGUGUCGACGACACCUUUGACCCAUCGUCUGAGUGUUGGAUCACUGGCUGGGGGAACACUGGGACUGGUGUUCCUCUGCAGGAUCCAGAAGUCCUUCAGGAGCUGAAGAUUCCCAUCGUCUCUAACAGUGUGUGCAAGAGACAGUAUCCUGAGCUGAACUCUGACAUGCUGUGUGCUGGGGAUAUGGUCGGAGGGAAGGACGCCUGCAAAGGGGAUUACGGCGGCCCACUGGUCUGUCGUUCAGGCAGCGGUUUCGUGCAGGUUGGCAUCAUGAGUUAUGGGAGUCCUAAUGGUUGUGCUCUCUCAGGCCGCCCUGGCGUCUACACCCAGGUGUCCAAGCAUCUGCGCUUCAUCAAUGACUACAUCCACCAUGCUUCAGCUGAGGAAGCCUCAGCUGAGGUCUAAAUUUCCAGGAAGCUGAAGUGGUCCAGUCUAUUUACCUGCCAAGCCGCCUUACUGUUUAAAGCUUCUCCCCUGUGCCGUACAGUCAGUCCAUGUGGUCCUUUCUGCUGAUUGACUUGUACUCUGGUUUGUUCAACUAAAUUCUUUGCAUUAAAGCUUUAAAGCAUU